GGAAAAGGCUGGCAAGCCUGUGAAGAAAAGGACGGUGCCAAGAAAAAACCAGCAGCAGGAAAAAAACCAGCAGCAGAAGUGAAAAAGAAGCCAGGUGACACAGGCUUGGGGCCAGAUACCCCAAUUGCCCAGGAGACCCUGAGCAUAGGUGGUGGCAAGAACCAGUCCUACAUACAACACAUGCCUUUUGGCCCAAACACUGUCAAGAAGCUUGUGGUCAGUGUGUCUUUGGCCCAAGCUGCCAAGCUCAAGGUUUCCCAUAAGCAGCUGGUGGAGGAGCUCUUGCCUGCUUGCAAGCAGGCUGGUGCCACCAAGGCCUCAGUAUUAGCUGCCAGGCAAAGGCUGCAACUCCUGCAGGAGAAACAAGGGCUGCCAAAAAACAAGGAUGAGGAGUAUGUCCAAAGACUGGCUGCUAUGGGCCAAAGCAGGUUCAAAAGGAUGAUGGGGAGGAAGGAGAAACAAGAGAAAGCUGAGAGGGAGAAGCAAGUGGCUAUGGGUAUGGUACCAGCCAAGCAGCUGCAUCCCAGCCUCCAAGCCCCAAAGGACCACCCAGGGAUCAGAGGAGUGGCCUUGGGAAAGGGCAAGCAAAAGGCCUUGGGAAAGGGCAGGCAAAAGGCCUUGAAAAAGGGCAAACAAAAGGCAAAGGCACCUGCUACUGAGAAGGUUUCCGGAGGCUGCAACGACUUCCGGCUGCUCAUGCGGCUUUGCGACAGCCAC